GCGGCUCAGCGUUGCUUUGCACCGCCGGGCGGAGAGAGCGACGGGUCAGAGGAAAAUGGCGGACGGUGUGGAUCACAUCGAUAUCUACGCCGACGUAGAGGAGGAAUUCAACCAGGAAGCUGACUACCCGGUCCACGAUCAGAUCGACCUGUAUGAUGAUGUAAUAUCCCCAUCGGCCAACAAUGGCGAUGCUCCAGAAGACCGUGACUACCUGGACACGCUGCCUACAGCAGGUGGCUCAGAGGGAGGGAAGAGUUCCCAACCCAACGUGGUCUACACCUACACAGGCAAACGGAUUGCCCUGUACAUAGGAAACCUCACAUGGUGGACGACAGACGAGGACCUGACGGAAGCUAUCCGGUCGGUGGGCAUCACGGAUGUGCUGGAGAUCAAAUUCUUUGAAAACAGAGCCAAUGGCCAGUCAAAAGGGUUUGCGCUGGUGUGCGUGGGCUCAGAGGCAUCAUCUAGGAAAUUAAUGGAGCUGCUGUCAAAGAGGGAGCUCCAUGGUCAGAAUCCCAUCGUCACGGCGUGCAACAAACAGUCCCUCAGCCAGUUUGAGAUGCAGUCACGCAAAAGUAAUUUCUCAGGUACCCAGUCAGGCCAGAUGUCUGGGGAAGGAAAAGCUGGUCCCCCUGGUGCUCCUCGAGGAGGGUUCCCCAUGGGUCGAGGCAGAGGCAGGUUCCCUGGACCACCCGGCCCCGGUGGAGACCGCUUCCCUGGUCCCGUUGGACCUGGAGGACCGCCCCCACACUUCCCUGGCCCGGGCAUGAGACCAGAUCUGAUUAGGCACCAAGAUGGCCCUCUGAUGGAUAUGAGUUUCAAUCCCUUCCCGCCGGGGGGCAGGAACGGGAACUGGCGUGGCAGAGGUGGGAUGCAGGGUCCCCCACGUCCUCCUCUUGGUCCUCUUGGUCCACCUGGUCCACCAGGGCCUCCACUUCCUGGCCAGGGCCCCCCUCCCCUUUCUGGUCCUCCAAAUCGAGGCGAUAGGCCUCCUCCCCCUGUUCUAUUCCCUGGUCAGUUUGGCCAGCCUCCAAUGGGACCCCUGCCCCCAGGUCCCCCUCCUCCAGGUUACGGCCCUCCUCCCGGUCCCCCACCCCCUCAGCAGGGCCCGCCACCCCCGGGGCCCUUCCCUUUACGUCCCCCAGGCCCACUUGGGCCCCCCAUGGCUUUGGCUCCACCUCCACACAUGCCGGGUCCCCCGCCGGGUGGACCACCACCAGCACCCCAUGUCAACCCUGCCUUCUUCCCCCCACCUGGCAACAACAACAUGCCCCCUAAUGACAACCGAGGACCCCCUGGACCAAACGACCCAUACGGACGCCCACCACCAUAUGAAAGAGGGGACUACGGUCCUGGAGGCCGUGAGAUGGAGGCUUCUCGGACCCCUCUGAGCGAGGCAGAGUUUGAGGAGAUCAUGAACAGGAACAGAGCCAUCUCCUCCAGCGCCAUAUCUAGAGCAGUGUCUGAUGCCAGUGCAGCUGACUAUGGCAGUGCUAUAGAGACCCUGGUGACAGCUAUCAGUCUGAUUAAGCAGUCCAAAGUGUCAGCAGACGACCGCUGUAAGGUCCUAAUCAGUUCCCUGCAGGACUGUCUCCACGGCAUUGAGUCAAAAAGCUACGGUUCCGCCUCCAGUCCAAUGAUGCUUGUCCAUGCCAGGCGAGAACGUUCCAGGGAACGGGACCACAGUCGCUCCAGAGAAAAGAGCCGACGUCACAAGUCCCGCAGUCGUGACAGGCAUGAGGACUAUUACCGAGAACGCAGCCGGGAGCGGGACCGCCAUCGUGAGAGGGACCGUGACCGAGACCGGGAAAGAGAGAGGGAGAGGGAGUACCGACACCGCUAGAGGAGAAGGGAGGUGGGUACCACAUUUCCAGAGUCAUUUACUUCCGUCAUAAGCUCUUUUCUGUCUUCUUCAUCACUGCACUUUUUAGACCUGGAUCGAGGCAGAAGAUGCGUUCGCUGCGCGCUCCCCUCCUCUCUUCUUCAUUGGAUUAAAGGCUUCGGUUAAGUUUAGGAUUUUCUGUGCCUAUAUCCUAUUUGGCCAAAUUAAUCUACAGAGGGUGUCGUGUGACACCCAGGAUAACAAAUUAUCAAGGAAGUGUUGCCUCUGGUCCUCAUUGAUACAGUCAGUCAUACGCCAUAAAAGGCUUUUGGGCAUUUUAAAAACUUUUGAAAUAAUUAUUUACAGUAGAGAGCGACAAAUUUAAAUCUCCCUCUAUGAAUAUAUGAGGAAGUAGACAAGGAGAGAGGAGGUAAGCAAUGGAAAAUACUCCUUUGGUUUCAGGUAAGGUACGGUAAGUCUGCUUCUCUUCAAAUGUCCUAAUUAGUCAUCACAGUUGUGUCGUGUAUCUGGUCUUUCAGACAAUAUGUCACUUGCUGUAUUCACCCUGCUAUAUUGCACAAAGGGGUUUGUAAGAGUUGUAUCUAUGCUGUGGUUCUCCCCAAAUCAGAAAAGACACUGAUAAUUACUGGCAAUUGACUAUGUGGAUGUAUUGUUACUUUUUGGUCUACAUGCCUCUGAGGCUGGCAAUGUGCAAAAUUUGUCAGCCACUUUUUGGAUUCUGCCAAAUAGAUUUCAAACCAAAAUACAGAAUUCUGUAACAGAAAGCCGUAUUGCUUGUACACUUUAUUUAUUGCUGGGGCGGGUAAACCUGUGAACUAGUUCAGAGACUCUCCUUAGAUGAUCCUUAACUAAUCUAAACAUCGGUUUGGCUCCUAAAAAGUGAAAUUUAUCAAAAUUUUGUUUUUACCAGCAGCUAUGGCCAGUGGACCAAAAACAAUAUUUUUUCUGCCUUUUAAUAUGAAGAUUCAAUAAUUAAUUGCCAUUUUAUUAUAUGUGAGUUUAAUUGAAGUGUAUUGUGGCUUGGUUUGUCAGUGUGCUUGUAAUAAUAGUCAAAGUAUUCCCCGAUCAUUUUUUAUAAUACUUGGUACAGAGUCAGCAUUUUUGGGUCUGUUCAAAUUGGAUUGUAUUUUUAGAAGAACAAAAAAAUGACAAUGUUGAACUUGUCGAUAGCUCAAUCUACACUUUGUAAAUGUUCCAUUCACAGUCAUGUUGUAUACGUAUUACCAUUUCAGUUGAAUUUAUAUAAUUGUCAUGGGAAGAUGAACAUUCAUUUAUCAAACAGUGUUGAUAACUGCUUUUGGACACAGAAUGUUAUUGUGCCAUAUUUGCAUUAAUAUUGCCUGACAUUUUACUUUUGUCGAAUUGAAUGUUUUGUAGCCUCGUAUUACUCACUUAUGAACCAUUGCUCCUCAAUUUAAGAAAAAAACAUAAGAUCUUAAUGCCCGAAUACACCAUUUUUUAAAACAAAACAAAAUUUGAAGUUCUGCUUGAGUUAAUCAAUGGCUUCGCAUUGACAUUUUUUGUAAUUUUCUAAUUGUCAGAAUUGGUUAACAUUCAGGACCAGUGCACGAUUAAUUGCAGUGUCUUACAGAUAUGAUUGGCAAGAGUAAUUUACAUGUACACAUUGAAUAAUAAUACGGUUUCUAGUUGAGUUAUCUGUCAAUAUAAUUGAAGGUAUAGAACUAUUUUUAUGUCAAUGCAGCAGAUUCAUGACUAUGCUAAUUGUUAUUUGUCAUUGACUGAUACAUAGUUUACAUUUUGUAUUUUAUGUGACUUGUAUGUACAUUGAAAUGAUUCCCACUUAGACUGCGGUGUAGAUUUUUAAUGAUAAACAGUCAUCGGUUGGCAGGAGAUCAUUUGGCUCAUAGCGUUGUGUUUUCUGCUGGCUUUUAGGGUGUUGAGUCAUGUUAUGGAUGAGUUGCAGUUAAAGCGAUACAACACCAGCUGGUGCACAACAAAUAUCAAUACCAUGUUGCAAGUGGUUUGUUGCUCUUAAAUCCUUUGAGGUAAAUCUUCUGUAGGCUAAUUGUCUGGCUUGGUGUUAGGUUUCCAUGCGCUACUUGUGUAACGUUUUGGAACUGCAGUUGAAAUAUCUGGUUUGAUGGAUUUCUGUGUGUCGUUCUCAUGUCCUUCACUGCCAAAGCACUUAAGAUGUUAAUGGUAUAUAAACCAGUCCUUGUAGAGAAGAGUCCAGUAGGUUACUUGGACCCUUUAACAUCCCUGUACAGGUGUGCAUCACCCCAAAUAAUAUUUCACUAGCUUUCAGACAUGAACUACAUUCACUCUUGAGACCGUGUUGUCUUGAUAUAAACAUACACAUAUGUUAUACGUGCACUAUUUCAUAUAUGUCUCCCACACUGAGAAAUAUUAAUUGGGGUGGUUUUGCUUGUGGGGUUGCUGAAUUUUGAAAAGCAGGCAAAACUCAGACCAAAAUAAUUUAACUUACCACCUCCCUUAUCCGUCAGCCCAAGCUAAAUAGAUCUUAUAUGUUAGAGCUAACAGUCCAAAUACAAACCAGUUCUUUUACUAAAGACUUUGUGUCCACUGGGAACCUCUUACCAAAAGAUGACUCUUUAAAACAAUCACUCCUCAUCAACAGUAGAGCUGCAGUCUCCUCCAACACAUUUCAUGUUGUUAUCUCUGUUGGAUAAGAGAUCCCCAGUGGGCACAGGGCCUUAGAACUUUUGGUUAGAUGCAUUUGUUGAGUAUAUUUUCAACAAAUGUUUCUCGGUGUAAAUCUGCCUUUGCAUUAAGUGUGAUAUCUUGGAGCAUGGUCAUUAGGGGGGGGGGGGGGAGAAUGAAGCAUAUUGCUGUUAAUCCUGAUGGUGGGAUGGCUAUUUGUUGUGUCCACAGAUAUGCUUUAAAGCUCUUGUAUCUGUUCAUAUUGACAUGGGGGGAUGUACACUGUGUGCAACAGGCUGCUUAACUGUUUUUGUCUGUAGCCAUGCACCAUGUAAACCGUUUUCUACAGCAAAAAAACGUAUCACGUUUGAACAUGCAUUUGAAUCUCUGAGUCAUGUGAAAUCCUCUGUACUCAUUUGAGGCCUUUUUGGUGCAGAUACACCAGCUGUAAGUCACCCUGUAAAUCAAAACCUUGCAUCACCAUUUAUUAAUCCCAUUUUACAUAAUUACAAGAGCUGACAAAUUUGAAAUGACUUUCUGUAUCAGAAGUGUUGUCGUUUCACCUGAUAAAUGUAAUGUUUCUGUUAAGAGGUGCUUUAAAUUGGGUCAGAAUGUAAUGCGGGUAGUGGAGCGUUAUUGACAGUGUAACUGUUCAUAGCUGCUGUCAUUAAUAAUUACCAUAAACUCCAGUCCCUGCAGUUUCCUGUUCCUUGCAUGCUGCACUUUGUCUUUCUCAAUUCUAAAAACUAAAUACUGCAGCUUAAAUGCUGGCAUAGUGUUUACUAGGCCAUAAAGGUAUCAACUAAAUUAAAUGUAAAAAUAUAAAAUAAUAUUUAUGUAACUGGGCGGUUGUAACAAAGUAUCAGCUACUGUGUCUGAGUCAGAUGCGUGCCUUCCUCUCUGUAGUUUUAUGUUUUUAUCUAUGGCUCUUUUGUCUUUUCUGUGUCUUUAACUCCGAUAUUGCUGAAUUUAAUGACAAACUGGUUGUCGCAAACGGUCCUGCACUGUUUCUAUGUAACAUGUCCCAUUGGUUCAGUUUGUAGGUCUGUACCUAAAGCUCACCAGCACUAGCUGGUUGUAAGGGAAAUGUGUUUUUGAAAUAGCUGAAUGAUAAACGUUUUACUAUGGCUAAAUAAAAGUAAUCUAUAAUCCACUAGAUGUUUAUAGGUCAUUGGUACUUCUUUUAAGGGGAGGAGGCAACUCUUUAAAAAAGAAAAUGAACAAUUUACCAAGAAAGUUUUACACUUUUUGCAAACCACACAAAGCAGAAAAUAUGCUACACUGUGCAGAAUGGAUCCUUUAAAGCCAGCCAGGUGCACGCUGUAGGACUGUGAUUCCCUAGAAUGUUCUUUACCUUUUUAAGAUUUUAUUCAUUCCCCCUCGUGUCCCUCCCUGAAUUGGAAAUCAUGUAACAAAAAUGUCCAAAUUCACUGCCCCAAGUCUUUAGAUAUACUGUAUUUUAUAUAUUUUUAUAUGGUUGUCAAUUAUUGUCAGUCAAGUAGCUUAUGUAACAUGCAAGCAUCUAUAUAAGAAUUCCUUCACGCUUAUUUAAACAAUUUCAAAUCCAUGGGAUAAAGUGCAUUUAGGCAUAAAUUCAGCUGCAUAUUGUAUUAUUGUUCUGCUCUGUGUGUGUACAUACUGAUAAACUUCAGAUUUGCUUCUUGGAUAUUUCCUGUUCAAGUUUGCAUGACCAUGUUUGUGUCUGUGCCCGGGUUGGGUGCAAUUCAGUCAACGGAGCCCUAACAGGAAAUUCUGCCAUUUAGAUGCCCCGUUUUCUGACCCCCUCCCCUACAGACCCCGUUGUCACAGUAACUUGUUCAGUAAGUGGAUUUGGAAGAACUCCAACCCUGUGACAGUGAAUUGAGCCCAGCCCUGGUGUGCACUAUGCACGUGUAGUCUAGAGGUUUAAUGAUGAGGGGGGGAGAGAGAGUGUUCACUGUUGGGCUGCCUCGAAACCAAACUCCACCCUUCGUUUUGACACCUUUCAGCUAACGAGGAUCAAGGAUGGAUGGAAGAAAAGGGAGGAAGAGUUUCAGUUCGCCACCACCUCCCCACCCUGCAUGACCGGACAGGAAUACCAGCACCACCUCUUCCUCCAUCUCUCCUCUCGGUCUCCACCCAUCCUUCUCUCUCUGUUCAUCUUGUCUGCCUGAUUAAGAGCAGUGGAUGGAAGACCCUGACCUGUGUAAGGCUAUGUGUUCCCAACAUCUGUACUCAUGGUAGCUAAAGAUGAAAGAAAAGAAACUUUCCAAGCAGUUCUUUUAUUUUUAUGAUGUUUUAUUUGACAUGAAGUGUGAUGCUUUUUUUGCAAAGAAACAAUAAAAUGGCCCACAAAAUCCCUAAUUAGAAGACACAAACAUUACAUCCUAUUUGUUUUGUUUUUUUAUUUUUCCUUGGCUCGCUGUACUGUGUACAUUCAGUUUAGAGAUCAGUUUUUAUAGGGUACAUGUUUGAUGUGUUCUCCCCACCCCUCAUUCUCACUUCUUCCUUUCGUUAGAAUGUUUGUAAAUGUCUCUGCUUUUGAUUAAAAACUAGAUGGUGUUGUAAUAAAAAUGUUUACUGAGGUA